AUGGCCAAGGUUACCUAUGACAAUUUUGGCAUCAUAGAAAGACUCAUGACCACAGGCCAUGCCAUCACUGCUACCCAGAAGACUGUGCAUGGCCCCUCUGUAAAGCGGUGGUGUGAUGGCUGUGGGGCUGCCCCAAACAUCAUCUCUACAUCUACUGGUGCUGCCAAGGCUCUCAUCAAAGUCUUCCUGGAACUGAAGAGAAAGUUCACUGGUAUGGUCUUCCUUGUUCCUAACCCCAAUGUGUCUGCCAUGGAUCUGAUUUUCCCGCUGGAAAAAGAUGGCAAGUAUGAGGACAUCAAGAAGCUGGUGAAGCAGGCACCUAAGGGCCCACUAAAUGGCAUCCUGGGCUAUACUGAGGAUCAGGCUGUCUCUUGCAACUUUAAGAGUGACUCCCUACUCUUUCACCGUUGA